AUGCAAAUUGUGGAAAGAGUCGAAGCUUUAAAGGAGGUUAAACUUGAGUUCGAAGAUAUACAGGGUAAUAUUGAAAAAUUAACGGAAGCUGCGGAUUUAGGUAAUCAAUUAGAAUUACGGCAUAAAUUCGAGGAUGAAUAUUUUAAACAAAUAACGUUAGCAAAACGAUUUUUGCGUGAACACGAAAUUAAAUCGAGUCCGAGUGAUUCAACAAGUAGUUCGGAAAAUAGUCCCGAAAUUCAAACAAAUGAGCAUUUACAAUCAUUAAAUAAUGUUAGGUUACCAACAAUAAAUCUUUCAAAAUACAGUGGCGUGUAUCAGAACUGGCUAGAAUUCAGAGACACUUUCUAUUCGUUAAUUCAUGAAAAUAAAUCAGUCAGUAAUAUUCAAAAGUUUCACUAUCUCAGAGCAUCACUAGAAGGAGAGGCGGCUCUCGUCAUAAAAUCACUAGAGAUAUCAACGGCAAACUAUGAGGUAGCGUGGAAUGCAUUAUUAGAUCGGUAUGAUAAUAACAAGUUGCUAAUUCACAAUCAUGUCAAAUGA